GAGAGAGAGAGAGAGAGAGAGGUCACUGUGCAAUUUGGCACCAGAUAAAUGUAAAAGAAAUCCAACCCAGAGAGAGUGGAGAAUAAAAGGCAUGCCCCGAAUGCCACUAGAGCUCCACAAAGACGGAAAGUAGGACUGAACGAGACAGAGGAGGAUGUGUUCAUGUUGAAAGAGAGAGAGAGAGACUCCCAACUAGGUACUGAUGAAGAGGAUGAAGAAGAUUUCCACACAAACAUUCUAAACCACUUGCAUACAGUGUCAUUUGGGAAAGAUGUGUGUUUGAGUGUGUGUGUGUGUGUGUGUGUGUGUGUGUGUGUGUGUGUGUGUGUGUGUGUGUGUGUGUGUGUGUGUGAGGAGGAUCCGAGUAGUGCCUCCUCCCAAAAGGUUGGUUCUCACAUCAGCCUGAGAGGAAGAAAAGGGCGAACGUAGUGGAAGGAUGACGGAACAGAAAGCUGGCCUCCUUACUAAGCUGAUUAAUGGGGGCGUGGCUGGGCUGGUGGGCGUGACCUGCGUGUUCCCCAUUGAUCUGGCUAAGACCCGCCUCCAGAAUCAGCAGGGUGCUCGUGUCUAUAGUGGGAUGUUCGACUGUUUGACCAAGACGAUUAGAACAGACGGCUACUUUGGGAUGUAUCGAGGUGCUGCAGUGAACCUCACCCUUGUAACUCCAGAGAAAGCGAUAAAACUUGCAGCCAAUGAUAUCUUCAGACAGCAGCUCACCAAGGACGGGAAGUUACCAUUAUGGGGCGAAAUCCUCGCAGGCUGUGGGGCAGGAACCUGUCAGGUGGUGGUCACAACCCCGAUGGAGAUGCUAAAAAUACAGCUGCAGGAUGCCGGAAGGUUGGCGGCGCAGAAAUCCGUGUCUGCCUCGGCUCCGGCCUCCUCGCCAUCCCUGGCGUCUUCUCAUCAUGCUGCGGUGCGUCGCUCAGCCACAGCUAUAACGCUGGAGCUGCUGAGGACGCAGGGCCUCCGGGGCCUGUACAAGGGCAUAGGGGCCACUCUGCUCAGGGAUGUGCCGUUCUCGAUGAUCUAUUUCCCGCUGUUUGCCAAAUUUAACGCAGUGGGUCGGAGCGGCGCUCUUCCUCACGAGCACGCUCCUUUCCUGCAGUCCUUCGUUUCGGGAUGCGCGGCUGGCUCGGUGGCGGCUGUGGCGGUCACUCCUCUGGACGUCAUAAAGACUCGUCUUCAGACGCUGCAGAAAGGGGAAGGAGAAGAUUCAUACCGGGGCAUCAUCGACUGCACACGGCGCAUUCUGAGUCGAGAGGGACCGUCGGCCUUUCUUAAAGGAGCGACGUGUCGAGCGCUGGUCAUUGCCCCGCUUUUUGGGAUCGCACAAGGCAUCUACUUCCUGGGUGUGGGUGAGCAGGUGAUGAAGCUGCUGGGAUAGAAAUGAAGUCUUGUAGCAGUGAAUCAGUGAACAAACACAGUGUACUGUUUGAAUGCGUGACGAGAGGAGAGGGCCCGGGAUUAGGGAAGAAAUUAGUGUUUAGAAUGAGAGAGAUGGUCACUUACAUAACCAAAGGAGUUCAAGAAAAAAAUGAAAUGGCUGUUCAUGCUAUCAUAAGCGAUGACAUUGUACACUAAUUGUUCCUCAAGGGUCUAAAAGAUGUAAACAGUGUUCUUUGGGCAAAACAAGGUCCUGGUCUAUCUGAUGGUGUCUCAUUCACUUGAUUUGGGCUGAUGAUUUAGGUAAAACAUGAAGGAUGGAAUAUAAAAUCCAUCACUAGUACACUAGCAAAGGUUAGAAUAAAUAAAUAAAUAAAUAAAUAAAUAGCGCAUCAGUGAAUCAAGUGGAUCAGAGACCCAGACAGCUAAAGAUGAAGAAAAGUACUUGGUGCUUUGGUUUUUAAGAGUGUUUAUGACACAGUAUAACAGACUUUAUUCUAUUCACAUUCACUGGAUAUGAGCAAUCGCGCACUCUGAUUGGCUACUCUACUACUAGGAUAUCAGCUCAUAUACCAUAAGUAGAGAAAAACAGAACGGCGGAACAUUUUGCUGAACCAAUCGAGGAUAAAAUAAAAACUCCACAAAAAAAAAGGUAACAGAAUAUGAAAUAAAAGUAUUUUAUGGUAAGAACGUAUCUUUUUUUAUUUUUCAAGAAUUAUUAUUAUUAUCGCAUUUUUCACAAAUUGCUCCUGUCAUUUCGCCGGUUUCUUUACAUUCUGAGCAGAAAUGAUUUUGUCGGACAUUUUGUGUAAAGUUUUUACCUAUUGAAUUUGGAAAAAAUUCAAAAUGAAAAUGCUCUGUUUCUCAAAAUCCAGUGAAUGUGAAUAAAAUAAAGCAGUUAUUCCACUCAAUCUCCUCGUACAUGGCUUAUAGCCGACUUGGUGCUACUCGCCUCGUUGACCAUCAGCUCAUGUACGACUUGAUUUCGUGGAAUAACUGUUAAAUGUGUUUUAGGAUCUGCUGCUGUGUUAAUCUGUGCUUUAAUCCUCAGUGUCGCUCAGCCUCACUCUGCCAGAUUAUGCGGUUAAAGCUAGGGUCUGCGAUUUUUAAUUUAUAAAUAAUAUUCAGCAACAUUUACUUGCAUUAUGGCAGCUUUCAUAAAAUAUCUAGCUUUGCUUAAAGAACUCAGUUCUCUGUGGCAGCCCAGACUUUCUAAACAGAAAAAAAAAUUACGCGAACUAUCAAAAUCCAACCAAUCAGGAUACAGAGGCGUAUCUACUUACCUCUUCGCCUUCUUUUCAUUUUAAUAGAGUUUUGCGACCUUGCAAUGCAUGAAAGUGGUGUUGCAGCGAGCAGCAAAUAAAUAUAUGGAUUUUGUUAGAAGUGGAUUUGUACAGUAAGCUCUCAGGAGCCUCGUAUUAACCUUUAUGUUCUGUUCUGGUUAAUCAGAUCAAUAAAAUAUUUUUUUUUAAAGAAAAACAAGUUAUUUUAAUUUGGUGCUUGUCAUUAGCGUACAUUACAUUACAGGCAUUUAGCAGACGCUCUUAUCCAGAACGAUGUACAACAGGACCCCGAUAUACCCGCAGCAGGGGGCAGCCUAGGGAGCAGUAGGGGGUUACGUGCCCUGCUCAAGGGCACUUCAGCCAUUCCUACUGGUCCAGGGAAUCAAACCAGCAACCUUUUGGUCCCAAAGCUGCUUCUCUAACCUUUAGGCCAUGACUUCUCCUUAAAACUCAGUACUACCUGUAAAUAUAUAUAUUUUAAUCCUUUUAAUAUUGCACAACUCACAUUUUCUAGGAAGCAUGCUGUUUUAAAAUAACAGCAUGGUGACAUGAUCCGGCCUGACACAAAACAUAUUUCCCGUUACCACCCUGAAGUUGAUUAUUUGCCUAUAAUAGAACAAUCCUCAAGUGUUUUAUUCCUCUUAUACCAUAGCAAUUUUCCAAUGAUUAAAAUUUUUAUUAAUUAAAGAAUGACUCAUAUUUUUAAAAUCCAUUUAUAGUUACAUUUAAUGUUGUGGAACGUGAAGCAAGUUACUUCCUGUCAUAACAGGUGUAAAAAGUCGUUCCAUCACCAGCAUGUCUUCUUUCUCUGCCCUGAAGUUCAUUACAAAGACAAAAAAAAAAAAAAAUGCACAUUUCUGAACCUCCAUGUGUUGGUAAACAGGGACAACUAUGAAGACGAGACGAGAGCCCGACCGAUAUAGGAUUUUUAAGACUGAUACCAUUUUUGAUACUUGAGUAUUUAAGAAUCCAAUACUGAUAUAGCAUCCUAUUUUUUUAAAACACAAAACAAAGAUUUUCCAUAAAAUUUGUGUAAUUGUUUAAGCAUUCUUACCAAGAUACCAUGACGUAAUGCAUUUUAAAAUAACCUUGCUUUAUUGUCACAAAUACUACUUUGAACAAAAGUACAACUAAAUAUAUUAACGUUUUGAUAAUAAGAUGAUCCCCAUUGUGAGACACUCUGCAGGACUCUGCUUGGGUCAGCUGAUUGUUGUGAUUUGUGGUGUUCCAAAUGCAUGUGUUGCCAACAGUGGAGGUGCAUUAUGCCCUCUGGUGGACAAAUUAUGCAAUGACAACACUCAUCACAUGGUUGAAGGUUCCAUCUUUUAUCUCUCCGUUUCUUUUUUAAUUGUCAUUUAUCGGUCGUUAUGAACACUGAUGUUUUAUUUGCAAUUAGUUCAUAUCAGACAAUAAUACUGGCACGCUGAUUUAUCAGUCGGGCUCUACUGGAGACUCCUUCCUGAAAUAUCAAAUAAAUGUCUCCGUCUCCUUACAAAAAAGAUUCCGUGCAAGUUGUUAAUGAUGACAAAUUAGAACAAGUGCAUAUAUAUAUAAAAAUCUUGGAGUCCAAAAUAAUUUCAUCUCAUCUCAUUAUCUCUAGCCGCUUUAUCCUGUUCUACAGGCAAGCUGGAGCCUAUCCCAGCUGACUACGGGUGAAAGGCGGGGUACACCCUGGACAAGUCGCCAGGUCAUCACAGGGCUGACACACAGACACCCAUUCACACUCACAUUCACACCUACGUUCAAUUUAGAGUCACCAGUUAACCUAACCUGCAUGUCUUUGGACUGUGGGGGAAACCGGAGCACCCGGAGGAAACCCACGCGGACACGGGGAGAACAUGCAAACUCCACACAGAAAGGCCCUCGCCGGCCAUGGGGCUCGAACCCGGACCUUCUUGCUGUGAGGCGACAGCGCUAACCACUACACCACCAUGCCGCCCCACCAUCAACCAGUAAAGAGUAAAUAAUAAAAAUACAGUAAAGAGCCCUGUUCGACAACUGUAGUAAUCCAUAUUAUGUCAAGAACCAUUCAAGUAAGUAAAGAGAAAUAACAGUCAGUCAUUACUUUAAGACAUGAAGUGUCUUUUAGUUAAUUAAAAUAAAGAAAAAACAUCGAAUUUGAAGGCGUUUCCAAACUUUUGACUGGUACUGUACCCAGAGUAGUGCGCAGCUCUGCUACAGCACCCACGUGUCUUACUCAAGAGCACUUCAGCCAUGAUACACUCAACUCCCUUCACAUUUUUCCUACCCAUCCUGGGAAUCAAACCGGCAACCCUUUGGGCCCAAGGCUGCUUCUCUAACCUUCAGGCUGCCCUGUAGGGAUCCCAUCAUACGUCAGAGCAGGAGGCAAGAAACGAAAGACAUGCUCCAGAAUUAUAACGUACACACCAUUAUCGGGCUGAUGAUCUUUUCCGCAAACAUAAACCUUAACUUUAACACACCUGGAAAGGCUCAAGUGUCACCUCAAACCCGACCUGAGAUCAGAGAAAGAUAAAAUAUUAAAGAUCGUAUUCAAAUAUUAUUAAUUAUCUUUUGCUUAUACUAAUCUUAUAUAUGUUUGGCAAUCUGCAUUUGUUCUAAAAAUCAAAACUAGGACUCUGAUCUACUUUUUAUGAUCCUCAUAAUCUUCUAAAAUAAAUAUAUUUAUCUAUGUUACAUAUCUGUAUAGCUGUACCCACUAUAACACCAAAAAACUAUACAUUAUCUCAAAGUAAACAGUUUUUAUGAAGGAUGACCAGAAUAUUGAGAUUGUGGUCUGGUCACAUGAUGCUCAUGCACCUCAAAGUCAAGAAUGCAAAAUAAUCCACUUUUUUUUUUAUUUAAAAAUAUAUAGUAGGCUAUAUGUUAUUUUUAAACAUACAGACUCUGAGUAUUAGUUCUGUACUGAAUGGAGUAAAACGCACAAGUAACAUCAUAGUUAAAAAAAAUACAAACAGAAAUUUAAUUUCUGGUUUAAAAAGACAGAGAUGCGAACAAGCGCCACCUUGUGGCUGGAUUUUACACUACAGUCUGACUGGAAUCAGAGAGGAUCAAGGUUGUUGUCUUUUUUUUAUUCUUCUUCAAUAAUUUCAUUGUAUUCUAUUUAAAUCAGGUUUGACGUGAAAAUCAUGUACAGUGAUUGUAUAUUCUGAUUUUACACUUGUAUCACUACAUGCCUUUUAAUUUUAACUUUUAAUCUUUAAAAGUUUAUGAUAUUUAUCAUGUUCUUUUUUUAAUGUCCUUCAAAAAAGGUUCUCUUAAGGGUUCUUGAAGUUUAAUGGUUUCAGCUUUCCAAAAAGGAAAUGCUCUAUUGUAUGGUUUGAUGUCCUUUAAUGGUUCCUGCAGAGGGACAAACUGAAAAACCUUCCACCAGAUAUCGGAGACUUUAUCUCAAAUACCUGCUGAAAAAAAAAAAGGCAGUGUCGUUUCAUGUAGAACAUGACAGUAUUUAUAUUUCCAGUGUCCACCAUUACAACAUUGGGCCUCAUUCAUCAAUUUGGCUACGAAUAGGAAGGAUUUCUGGGAAAAACAUUUGCAUCCGAUGUUUCGCUCCUGAGUUUGUGUAACUUUACAUCAUGUUUAAAACGAUUCAUUAUUUCAAUUACACACCCAUUUAAUGUGCAUUCUGUUAAAUAUAUUCAUGACUUGAAAGAAAGUGAUCCAAAACAAUAUAAUAAGUCUAGCCAUUCAUUUAGAACAGAAGUAACGGCACCCUGUUAAAGGAUGACAGGGUAGUGUUUUGUCUGUGGUAUGUGAUGAGCUGCAGUGGCUGAGCUGCAUUAUUGGAAGACUGUGUUUAGUCAUCUUGUCAUUUUUAGGUCUCUUCAAGUUUUAUGGCCUUCAGGAAAUGUAAAUGGGCUUGGAAAAGGGAAGGGAAGAGAAGAGCAGGAAGAGACAAGCAGCAAUGUGGCAACCAGAGUCAGUGAAAUUUGAUAACUUGGGGUGAAUAACUGUUGGCGACGAGUUAAAUUAAUUUCAAAUUUGAGUCGACGACAGUGGUGGCUCAAGAGUUAAGGCUCUGGGUUACUGAUCUGAAGGUCAUGCAUUCAAGCCCAGCAAUGACAAGCUGCUACUGUUGGGCCCUUGAGCAAGGCCCUUAACCCUCUCUGCUCCAGGAGCACUGUCACAUGUACCCCCUUGUUGAUGUCUGUAAUACCAAUGAGAGUGAAGGACACUAUCAACUGACCAAUGACACAAACACAGUUAUAAAUAAAUAUACAAAAGGGAUACCUAUAGGCAACCAGAACUUGGAAUGUCCACUAGUAACCAAUCCUAGUGAAGUGCUGCUUUGUGUUUAGCAAGCACACGAAUAACUCUCCUCACUGAAGUGCAGAUAUAAUGCUUCAUGCUCUAAAAUUUGUUUUAAACCAUGCCCCACACACAAUCUAUCCAGCACCAGCUGUAGAUCAUGUUAAAAAAAAAAUUGGACCACAAAGUGUCAUGGCGCACUAGGAGUUGAGCCAUUUUAAACCGAGAUUUUAGAGCACGUAGCCACAAACUUUCCAUAGAUCAUGUGGAGAAAAAAAAAAAUUUUUUUGCAGCGCAAGGUCUCAUGUCUGAUCCAGUUUCUGUUGGUGACCCUCUGCCACAGCUAUACAAUCACACUUUGCAUUUCCACAGACAAAAUGCAGUCUAGUUCCAGCUUGUGCUUUCUUUUCAGCAUCAUUGUGACAUUUACGAGGGGAAGUCAAAAAGUUCUAAGACCGAUGUUAUAAUUUCAAAAAGGUGUGAAAGACGUCCCCCAGAACUCUACAAAGAAGGAAUUCUCCGAUGGAAACACCACUUGCAGAAAUGCUUAGAUUUAAAUAGAGGAUAUGUAGAGAAAGAGCCUUGUUAUUUUCAUAAAGAUUUUUCCAAUUUGUCUUAGAACUUUUUGACUUUCCCUCGUACAUGCUACACAAUGAGGCAUACUUCUUUAAAAACUGAUAAAUUUGAUAAAAAUAAUACUUCUAAAACUAGCAAAAUUACAAAGUAAACAAAGAAUACAUCACGCCGAGUUGCUCCAAGCAAUCGCUACUCGACGUCAUCGCAUACGUCAUUACCACAGGAAGCCCAUCUGCAAUUCUUUUUAUUAAAAAAAAAAAAAAAAAAAAAAAGUUGUUUUUGUUCCCCCCCCCACAACUAUUUGGUCUCUGAAAAUGAAAAAAUUUGGAGUUUUGAAACCUACAACUAAUUUUACAUAAAAUUAGUUUGAAAAUCAAUCCGCUAAAGGAUCCCGUUAAGAAAAAUCAGCAUUACCAAAACCUUUGUAAAUCUGGCAGGAAUUUUUAUUUCAUUUUACACAUAACUUUACUGAACAACUGAUAAAUGAGGCCUGUUGUGUGUGAAAGCAAUUACGUAAUAAAACACGAUUGUAUAUUAUAAUGCAGAAUUGACGACAGGUACAGUUAACAGUAUUGUGUCGACAAGAAACAUGUCCAUUAUUUCAAUACGAUAAGUUAUUUAAUGUACAUAAUUUGAUGUAUGUGAUGAAUUGUUUGUACUAAUCCCCUCACAUGCGCACUCCAGGACAAUGAAAGACACUGAAAAGAAAACUGCUUGGGUUUUUUUGUUGUUUUUUGGGUUGACCUUUGUAUUGUAAAAAGUGAUUUUAACAAAUACUGAAAUGCUUCCAAAUAUAGAAAUAAAAUAUUGAAUUUC